GUUUUCUUUAACUCCCUCCAAGCACUCGGUAAGUACCAAGAAUCUAAGUACUAUGGCAAUGCUGUUUAUGGCUUGAAAAAGAACCUUUUUUCCGCCUUCCUUGUUGGUUAAGGCCUCUCGAAUUCUAAUUUGACAAAUGACUGGCCUCGACCUAUCCAUAUUAUAUAGGAGUUGUGAAACGUUACCUGACCAGCAGAAAAAUGUCGAUUUCUCUCGAACGGUUUUUUUUUUCAUGAUUGUUAUCGUUUACCUUUUAUGAACCUCUGUGCUCUGUGCUAAGGCUAUCUCACUUGGAAACAUUUGCUGUGAUAGCUCUGUAUCUAUUACGUUUUCUAUCCGUAUGUAGUUUAUAAAACGUCAAUAUUCGGUCUUAUAUCGCACCUCUGAUGAGCGUUUUAACGAAGAUAACUGAAACGAGGAAACGGUAAAAAUUGGAGUGUUCCCUCAAAGAUUGUUAAUGAUCCAACAUACGUUUUGAAAAUAGAAGACACGUUUUGGAUAAAAUUCCCGCGUACAACUUAAAAAAAAAGAGCUGAGCCUCACUCAUUGUAGAAAGUUACUAAAUGUAUUAUUGAAUGCGAUUCCCUUUCGUCUGUUUUCAAAUAAGGACCCAGCAUGAGACAUGUUGGUAAAUAGUGCAGAUGGUGAAUGAACUAUAUUCAGUUUCGCAACACUGAAUGCUAGGUACCUGGGAAAAGAGCAGAAAAAGAAUGGAUUUUAAAGUGUUUUGUGAAAUUCCAAAAUAAAGUUAUUGCAGCCGACAAUACGCACUGAGAGGUAACCUCGCAGUCUGGUGCCAGUGUUUCAAUUAACCAUUCAUUCGUUCAUGCCACGAACCAUGGAUGGUUCUUAAUUAAAGCGGAAAAUAAUUUUGCGCAGGAAGCAUAUGAUUAUUAUGAAUGAAGUUAUUACAACAAUGCGUUGCUUUAGAUAGCAGUACGACACAAUCAUGAGUUUAAAUUUCUUAUUACAUUGUUACAACUGUGUUGUGGGGUGGAGUACAGUUCGCACGACGUUUCGAUCAAUUCGUUGAAGAUAGUCGUUCUCAAGUUUAGGUUUGUCAUACUGUCUGUCUGCCUGUCUGUCAUGCUUUCCUGUUCAAAGAAAAACUCCUUAACAUUUACUUAGCUGAUUAAAAGCUUACUGAUGUGAUAGCAAGUUUUUAAGAAGGUUUUCGCCGUUUUAAGAAAUGAAGUAAUUCGACCAGCUUGUUCCUCCCUUUCUUGGACUAUGUUUAUAAUAUGUGACAUCUCCUUUGACUUGCGUUAUUAAUAUGCGAAACUGCUUAUAGUGUAUUCUCUUUCAUUGGAAAAUAUUUAGUCAUGUCAAAAACAACUGUCAGUUUGUUUUAUUACGUGACUGAAAUAUUUUUGUCCGUACUGGCCUUCAUUUGAUGCAUGAAAGUUGUUACAGACAUAAGCACGCGGAACUUUUAAAGCGCCGUCAAAUGUAUUUGGUUUUUCAAUAUCACCGUUUUUGUUUAUGCAGAAAGCUUCUCCACGAGAUUAGGGUGCUUCCUUAGUAUUGCACUUCGCACUCUGCAUUAAUUAGGCGACUUAACACGUGCCAUUACAAGAACACCGAUCGGUGGACGAGUACAGUGACCUAUGUUUUUAUUGCAUAGUUUUGGUGAAAUAAUUGUCCCCUUUAAUUAGAGAGAAUAACUUAGAAGGAAUGAACUAUAGCUACAUUGUAUAAGAGUGCACGAAGCCCGUUACCCGAGGAUGCAAAUUCUGACCUAAAAAGCAACUCUUGAGGAAUGUUUUGAGUCGAUGUCGUUAAAAAUUCCGUUAUUUUUCCGUAAAUUGUAUAUUUCAUUGUUCCAACGCUCGAGACUUUCCACCUAUCAAGUGUUUUAUCGAGUGCUGUUUCAAAAAACGAUUACAAAGCGCGAGGCGGCCCUUUAAUCACCUCGCGAGAGAUUAAUAUAGCGAGAUAUGACGCAAUCCGUUCAACCAAUCAGAGUGCGCACAUCUGUAUAAUCACCUGAGCAAUUAUACUAAAAACUGUUCAUAUUCUCUUGCAUGUACUUUGUCAUCCUCAUACUAGUUUAUGAGCAGAACAUAAUUUAAUCGUAUAGAGUGUUAUGGCUAUUACUCGAUAAGCCGUCAAUCAAACUGUACUUUCUCAGAGCUAAAACUAUUUCUAGUGAUAACUCUACUGUGAGUGUCUUAUAAAAAUACAUUGUUUUAGUAUUUCCUAAGGAAGUUCGGUUUCAUAUUCAAAGCGGUGUUUCUUCCAUUUUUGGUAGUAAGCUGUCUGUUUGAAUGCCAUCGUACCUUAAGAAAAAAAUGAAACUUUAGCUCGCUAAAGCCCAUACAUCAACUAAGAGUUGGUUUCUUUUUCCUUCCGUGAGGUCGAAAAACCUUUUAUUUUCUCCAACGUUGAGACUUUCCAUUGUUGAUAUCAUUGUUUUACAUUCGUGAGCACACAGAAAGCGGAGGUUUGGGUUAAAUUGACGAAUCUCCUGAACAAUAAUGACGAACUACCAAAGCUUUUGCCUUUUAGAGGGAGUGAAAAUGUUGCGCUACAAUGCUCUGUUUGAACGAAGGUUGAGGGCUUUAUGGUAUGGGGAGCCAUUUUUUUUUUACCAAACGGCGGUGUUUUCGCCUUCAUAUCGAUGGCAUAAGUUUUAAGUAUUCGAAACAAUCCAACUUCUUAUUACUUAUUCUUCGACGCGCAUUCGUCAGUUUCAUGCCUUUUCCACAGCAACCAAAAGGUAACUGGUGUGAGCAGCAAUUAUAACUCUUCUAUGUUUAAAUCUUUUCUUUCGAAAUAUUUCUACUUCCAAGCAGGAAAAUAAUGAUUUUUAUUUAAUUUAGUUUUCAGCAGCAGCUAAUAUAACCUUUGAAACUAUCUGUUCGUUCCAAUCCUUUUUCACUGUAAUUAAAAUGUAACUUGUGUGCGCAGUUUUAACUCUACUACAUGUAUAAGCAGGAAAAUAAUGAUUUUCACUUCAUUUAGUUUAGUUUUUCAGCUGAUGAUAUAAACUUUAAAAAAAACUGUGUGCUCUCCAGGGCCCCAGCUGUUUGAGGGUUGAGACCGAUAGCAAGAAACAAAGAUAAAUGAAAGCAGCUCGUGUGACAACAAAGUGCCGAGUUUGAUCGGUGAGUUCUAUCAACAUGACCUUCCACUUUAACACACAAGCUGCAUUGCAAAACAUUGUAGCCCUUUUUUUACAUCAGAAUUUGCUAUUCUGUUGCGCCUGAUUUGGCGUGGUGGAGACAUAUUUUUAAAAGUGAAAGGAAUGUUAGAUAUUUUUGCUGCUUACCCUCGGACAAGGAAGCAUGUCUUACUUAGUAUUCUAUUAAUCGCCAGAGUAAGAAACUGAAAUUGCCCUUUACCUGCGAAACAGAGAUGAAUGACAAUAACUAGUGUGGAAAAUAGUAACAGCUUAACAUAUCGCUUUCCAGCCUCUCCAUCUCAUUUAGAAUAACAUUGCACCGUUCUUUUUAUAUCAGAAAAUUCAGGUUCACAAAUCGUAUGCCUGCUUUAACUCUUCCACUCUCAGACUCCGACAAUUAAAAAUUCUUUAACUUGUAACUUCUCCCGGCCCUCAGCCAUACCUACAUAUUUCAUAUAAGCAACAGGUUUAGAGAAUAAAGAAAUUUAUCAUAGAAGAUUGUCUUUUUAAAUAUUCUACACGUAUGACUAACAAAACCAAAAGUAAAAAACUGAAAUAAAACUUUCUCUGUAAAACAAAAAUACAUGCAGAUAGCUAUUGUAAGAAAAAAGUAAAAACUUGUGAAAAAAAGUUGAUAAACCAAAAAGGGAACAACUGAUACUAAGUUUAACUGUCAAGUUUGAUUUACGAAGGGGAAAAAGCCUUCAGGAACCCGAUCGCUCUCCACCAUCCUCCAUAGAUUUAACACGCAAGAUCAGGUUAUCAAACAAAACAGAUUUGUUCAAAUUUAAUUUAAAUGAAAUUUAGUUGCAGGGCGCGAUUUGUAUAUACUCUCUCUGCCACCGACACUGAAAAAUCGUACGCUAUGUGGACGUAACCAAACGGAUAUUUCAUGUGAGAAGAAUCUCUGCCCAUGUGCUAGAUACUUUUUUCUAAAAAAAUUUAAUUUCCAAUGGCCAAACUUUACCCAUUCCUGACACUGGGAACACUAAUAACAGUUUCCUUCUCACUGGAUCUGAACAUUGUUUUGCCGAAGAUAACUGACCCCGAGCGUGGAACGUAAUGUAAACAUUUAACAAAAGUAAACUUCUCAGUGCAUUUUUUUAGGUUCAAGUUAAACCCUUCGCGGUCCCCUCAAGGGUUCUCAUGCACUGCACUGGGGGUUGUUUACCAUCCAGGUCGGAACAGUCCCGCUGAGUCCGAUGGCCAGAACUUACUCAACCGUAUAACAACAGCAGAAGCUACAUUUCCCAACUGUGGGUUCAUUAUUGUCGGUGAUUUCAACCGUUUGAACACAAGUCACCUGCAAAAUCAUAUUGAGUUGAAACAUCUCAUGAAAUUUCCGACAAAAGGACAGGCUACUCUCGAUUUGUUGUUAACCAACAUGGGUGACCAUUUUUCAAUACCAGAGAGUUUUCCCCCGUUUGGCCUCUCCGACCACGGCACAGUUAUUGUGCAACCCAAGGAAAGAGUACCGCGUCAGCACACCAGAAAAUCUAUCACUAUAAAGGGUACAAGAGAAAGCAAGAAGUCAAGCCUCGGCCAGUACCUUGGUAGCAUCGAUUGGUCACACGUCAACGAUCAAAGCACCUGUGAGGAAAAAGCUUCGGAUUUUCGGUUAACCGGUAGAAACUGACAUGAACAACACCAUGCCAGAAACGAUCAUCAAAGUCUACCCCAAGAACGCCCCCUGGAUGUCAGUGAAGCUGAAGGAGCUAAUACGCAUGCGCUAGAUCACCUUUCAUUCCAGUAACCACGGUCCCGUGUUCAAUUUCUACCGCAACACAGCCAACAGAGAAAGCAAACGUUGCGAGGGAAUGAAUUACGCCUCCAAAGUCCAAGAUCUUAAGGGCGUAAACCCACGCCGGUGGUGGAAUGAAAUACAUAAUCUUUGUGUAUCCAAGAAACAAAGCUCAAGGUUGUUUUCUAGCCUCAAAGUCCCCGCUUUACGAACAUGUCUUCACCUGAAAUUGCCAACGCUAUCAGCGACGCUCUUUUGGAUUCUUUGCAGUCUUACAAGCCCAUGGACUGCGACCCUACGGUUACCUUAUUGCCAUUAGAAGAAAAUCCAGAUUUCCUAGAAGUAUCAGUUCAACGGGUAUACAAUAACUUGAAACAUCUCAACAAACAAAAAGCCCCGGGCCCGGACGGUCUCUCAAACUGGGUAUCAAAAGAGUAUGUUGAAGUCCUAGCUCAACCCGUAUGUGACACCUCGAGUACCUUAUACAAGGAACAGAAGUUACCCUCCGUUUGGAAACUUGCAGACGUAACCCCCCUUCCGAAGGUCAAGCGAGUGACAGAUCCUAAGAAACUGCUCCGAUCGAUCUCACUUACCCCCUCUGCCCUUUCGAAAAUAGCCGAGGAUUUGUUAUCUCAGACAUUGUGAAACCAGCUCUGGAAAAGGUGGUCGACCCCAUCCAGUUCGGCACCGUAUCAGGACCUUUUACAGUUCUUACGCUUAUAAAUAUGUUGCACGAAUGGCUCGAGGCAACAGACGGAAAUGGAGCAGCUAUACGAGUCCUUCUUUUCAAUUACCGAAAGGCUUUUGAUCCGAUAGAUCACGGCACCCUAGUAGCGAAGUUGAAACAACUUGAUAUCCCUAACAGUACUAUCAACUGAAUUAUCAGCUUCCUUACUUGCUGGUUUCAGAGGGUCAAACUUGGCAAAGACUGCCUGUCAGGGUGGGGUAAAGUCCCUUCAGGAGUGUCCCAAGGGACGAAAUUGGGCCCUUGGCUUUUCCUUUUCAUGAUCAAUGAUCUGUCAGUUUCCAAAAUUUUCAACACGUGGAAAUAUGUUAAUGACACAACAGUGUCCUAAACCAUUUCCCAUUUAUUUAUUUCAUUUAAACUGCGAUAAGACAAGGGAACUGACCAUCUGCUUCAAUCCUCAACGACCACCGUUUCCAAGGUCAUGUAUUAACGUAGUUCCUAUCGAAUUUGAACAACACGCCAAGUUACUCGGACUUACCUUCAACUCCAGUUUAACUUGGAAAGAUCACAUCGAAGAACUUGUUACGAAAUCGUAUGCAAAACACUAUUUUCAUGUUCAGCGUGCGUUGGAGUGCGUCACACUAUUGAGAGUGUUAUGAGGAUUGAGGGGGAGGAUGAUCGCAAUCAAGGGAAAAUUAUGACCCAUUGUUUUUUCUCGUCGAAAUGAAAAGGCCGACAAUUUCCGAAAACUAUUGGCCAUAUUUCAGUUUCUUACUCUUGGCUUCCUCAGUCAUGCAUUUAGAAUAUUAAACAAGACACGCUCCCUUGUUCAAGGGUAAACAGCAAAAAUAUCUUGCAUUCCUUUCCCUUUUAAAAAUAUGUCUUCACAACGUCAAAUCAGGCGCGACACAACAGCAAAUUUUGAUGUAAAAAAAAAAAAAAGAGCUACAAUGUUUUGCAGUGCACCUUGUGUGUUAGGGCCUGUUUACAUGGAGGUGGGGGACCCCAGGUAGGUGAGGUAACCCGCCUAGCCGCGUUUACAUGUAAUCUUAUAACCCCGGGGUGCUGGGUUGAGGUUUCUUGAGGUUGUUGUUGCGCUUGCAACUAAGGAGUUUGAGCAGAGGCGUCCCAAGCUCACUUCUCGAAAAAGAUGAAAGAUUAAUUCUUGGACACAUAUGUAUUUAUUUAUGAAAGCGUCAUGCGUUGUGUUACGCGGUGUUUGGUUUCGCGAGAAACCGUUGACUUAAUACGUUAUACGAAAUAGUUUGGGAAACCAACUGGUGAUUUCUGCCAUGAGACGGCUAGGAUAUGUACAAAGUUUUAAAACAUACAUGUUUCGCUUUUGAGUUUUUUGCCAUGAACCGCGACCCCGGCUAGGCGGGUUACUCCACCUUGACACGUUUACAUGGCAAAUUGUCACCCCGGCUGACAGGGUUACCCUACCUGGCAGACCGGGCAACCCGCCUAGGCGGGCCACCCCACCUAUCAUGUAAACGUGAUCAAAAUAAAAUAAGAAAUUAUAUGGACAGGCGGGUUACCCCACCUAGGCGGGUUACCUCACCUACCUGGGGUCCUCCACCUCCAUGUAAACAGGCCCUUAAAUUUGAAAGUCAAGUUCAUAGAUCUCAUUCUUUGUAGUAAUUUUUCCCACCGAUCAAACUUGGCACUUUGUUGUCACACGAGCUGCUUGCAUUUAUCUGCAACACUGGCGAUUGACAUUGUUAUGAAUGCUAUAUUUUAAAAAUGAAACAAGAUUUAAGUGGGGAUCUCUGUAGGAGCUGUCCAGGGCAUUUCGCGUCGGAAAAAAGUUUUCCCUCAAACUUUGCAAGUAAAUAAAACUACAUUAGUUUCUGGAAAUACGUUAAAAUAAAAUUUUUAGAGCUCUCAAAAGUCAAAGCUGUAAUAGGCCCUUUUUUUAAUUCUGGCGACCUCGAAAAUUUCAAAAGUUGAAUAGCCCGGUCCUCUUAUCACAACGCAUGCAGCAAAAAUAUUUUGAAAUUUGUGUGAUAUGUAAGAUGUAUAGAAUGCAUUUCAAUUUUGAUAUUCGUUUAUUCAGAGGUUCUUCAUAAUUUAUUUAAAAGCACUCGUUAGACAGCUUUCUGAAAUUGGUCAAAAGAACUCUUUCUUUCUUUCUUGGUUGAUAUUGCUCAAGUCCAGACCAGACCAUUAAAAAAUCCGCUUGAUUUCUGCUAAUAAGAUGUUUGGCUGCAGAAAAAUAUAUAUGUGUUAUUUGCCGGCUGGGAGGUCCGUAUGGUGAAAAACUGUGACCGAGGUCUUGAAAAUACUUCCCGAGGGCGUAGGCCGAGGGCAGCAUUUUCAAGACCGAGGUCACAGUUUUUCACCAUACGGACCGACCCUUAGCCGGUAAAUAACAUAUUUAUUUUUUUGAAACUUCACGAAAUUCUUUCCGAAAGAACCCGAAUGAUUUAGGGCUGUAAAUACUGCAAGAUCUUCCAUAAACUGAACAGUUUUUGAGCGAGUAAAUGGUAGUUAAAAUAGAGGUGAUGCAAAUUCAAGAGCGAUGCCUCAGCGAAACAUUUUCAUUUCCGUAACGAUAAUUUAAAAGGCUUCCAAACAAACUUUGAAACGUUAUUUUUACAAGUAUCUGUCACAAUCUGACACCUGUCAAUUAGAGAGCGCGUAAGUUAAAAAAAGCGUAGGAACAUUUGAAAAACAACGGAAUUAGUUUGGCAAGGACUGUCACGACAAUGUUUUCUUCAGUCAAUGAUCUAACGGAAAGCACUAUUCACUCUCAUCGACGAUUCAUUCAUGUGCGAAGAUUUACCUCUGUUCAUUAAGUAAACGGUGAGGAAAGUAAUUGUGAGUAAAUUCAAUUUUUUUAUUUUGAAGUUGUGAGAGUUUGCUCGUUUGUUUGCUACAAUGGCGUGUGUAAACCUGGUCUUUCCUUCACAAAACCCGAAUGGCACACUCCAACGAGACACGAGGGGAUUUAAUGCGGCCUUUUCUCAAAAAAUUCCUUCAGUUUCUGUUGUGCAAUUUACGGUACCAAUGUUCAAAUUGAACGGACUUGGAAAGACUCACCGAGAGCAUAUAUUUGUCGUAGAACGUAAAUUAAAACUUCACUGGCUCUUUCACUGCGAACAAAUUGCUUGAGAAAAUUCAGGUAUCAAAUGAAUGAAAGUUCCAUCGUUCAGUUUAAUUGUAACCAAAUAUCUCACGUUUUAACAUUGUAGGUACUUUUUGUGAACGAUUAAAAUUAAUUGCAGACGGGUUUUAGACCGCUUGUCAACCAAAGUAAUGACACUAUUGCUUAUGCAAAUUCAUUCUGAAAAUAAUAUUUUUUUGUCAACCAAAGUGAUUUGAGCGAGAGAAAAGAGAGGAUUCAUGUUAUUCAUCGGCUUGAGGUAGGGACCGACGUGUUUGCUUAAAAAUACUGCCCAGCUGGAAAAACGAGAUAUAUUUAUGAAAAAUGUCAACGAAAGUUGGGAUGUACUUGGCGACUCACGAAAGCGUUACCGUGGCCCGUGGGCAGAGAUAGGAAAAUACCGACUGGGUAAAGAACCAAUCAGAUUGCAAGAUUCGUUACCGUGCCCUCUCAAAAAAAAGAAAUAAAAAAACAUCUCGCACUUAUUAAUUUUCUUCGCCGUGGUGACUUCACACUUUAAGCGAUUUUGCUUGCGUGACAGUUCAUUGAGCAAGCUCCGACCGUUUUAUAUGAGUAGCUCAAUAAAUCUUUGAUUUUAACCAUUUCAAGUGGAAAAUAUAGUAAGCGUUAAGACCACACUGAUUAAUACUUUAAACAUUUUAAAAGGCUAAAAUCUGACAAAUUUUAUUAUCUCGUGACGAGAGACGUCAACAACAACUUAUCGAACCUCAUAAUUUGAUUAGCGCUCGCAAAAGCAGAGUGGCAUUUUGCUGCGCAUGUCCGGUAAAUUUUGGUUUGAUGCGAGAAACCGCUGGUAUGCGCCUGCGUCAGUUUCCCGCUCGAGAAACACGAAAGAAAAGAAGCAGUAAAAUAUGUCGGGAAAAACAAUGGUUCGAGUAUUUGAGACAACCUUCCUUCUCAUUUUUUCUUCUGUAACGUAGAUAGAAGCGGCAAAUCCUCGAAAUUAUUGUAUUAUACUAUUGUAGUAUAUUGUGCGGAAGGAAGUUACUUUCAGAAUGCAAAAGAUUGUUCGAGUCUUGUCUCGUGAUUGUCUGAGAGAUCGAUGAAGAUGAUGUUAUUUUUGAAGGAUGCAAGUGGCCUGUCGACGAGUAUAAAAGAAUUGGAUAGUAUACUUUUAUCGUGUCAUUGCUUUCUCAAAUUAUCGGUGAUCAUUUGAAGUACUCGCCUUUCUGUAAGCGUUUUUUAGAGCUUCCACUGUACUGCUAUUGCGGUGUACCUCCAAUUUUAGCAAAAAUGUUAAGUUUACAGAGGUUUAUGUUUUGUUUCAAAAGUUUUUUUUUUACAUGAAUCACAACCGGCAGGGCCGAUUACCAAAAUAAAAAAAGGUCAAUGUUGAGUAAAGAAAAGUAAGACAAUGCUAAUGGUAGAGAUAUGGUAGCUCCAUCUGGUUAGAAAUGGAGGAAUAAUUAUGGAUUUUAUCAGAGUAAGAUAAAGUCUUUUCAAUCAUUAGUCUCGGAAAUAUCAUCAGAUAUGAUCGAUGAUGUGGGGAAAUUGUGAAUGAAAACAAGUACUAGUUUGGGCUUCCAGUUGUAAGAUGAAUAGUUAAAUAAAUCAAUUAUUACCCAGUAAAAAUCACUAUCAUUUAUCAUUUCAACUGCACAAAAAAAUCGUAUACACUCUUUGCAACUUUAUUCUCCAACCUAUUAAAUUACAAGAGUAGUGUGACAAUUUGACGGUCUGGAAAGACUCUUACACAUGCCAAACAACAAAGAACCGGUAAAGCGGAUAUUUAAUAGUGAGGAUAUAAAACAAAAUAUUUCCAAAAGCCUUUUCUUUUCAGGAAUACGACUUAGUGAGGUAGGUUAAACUAAUGUGAAGAAGUUUGUUGAUCUCUUUAUGAAAAUGGAUGAUUUACAUCUAUCAGAUUUUAGAGAAAUGAGACUUAAGUCAAAAGGGGACUUUGACAUCGCAUAUUCUGCAGUAAUGGGCAUCGGCUUGGAUGCCUAUUUGCAGAAAUUAAAAGUUUUCAAGCCAGGGGUUUGGCUGUGCUAAUUUUAAGGCAGAAAAAUCAUAAAUCAGUCGCUAAAGAAAUUUUAUAGCUCUGACUGGAGGCUCAAAUACUCUUAAGGAACAGGACAAUAUUUCACCUGAUCACUCCUCAUAUUCUUUUCCCGUGAAAUUUGGACAAAACUUUCAAAAAACUUUAUUGGUAAUUUUAUAGUUGCAAAAAAGGUAUAGACACAAGUUGCAUACAGCAUAAGCUAGUUGAGGCAAGUUGUGUGGAGAGAACAAAAGAUUGAUAAUUUAUACCAGUGGUAAGCUUCUGGUACUAAUGACAUUCUCUUGAAUGCCAGCUUGCCACAGCAAAUGUCACACCCAUCCUUUCUGUCAAUAGUACCGACCAUAUGUAGUGGGGUCACUUCACAUCUCCCUAAACAGCAGUGAAAUUAAGAAAUAAAAAUUGAAGGAUCAAGACUUAUCUGGCAAAGUGAAAUACAAGUCAAACUGAUUUGAAGACAUUUUAACCCGAAAUUCGUUUUAAAUAUGACAGAAAUACUGUAGUUCACAUUCUAAAGAAACAAGGAGUUCCAGCCCCUUGAGUAAUUAUUCAUUUGUUGUAUCGCUCAUCUCAUGUUUUAAGAACCAAAGAAAGUUAGAUAAUUUUAAUCUGCGAGUUUUAUAGUACACUUCGACUCAAAAUUCAUUUCGUAUGGUAGAAGUAUUCUACUGAAAUAAACAAGAUAGAAUGAAGCUGACGCCAUCCGUUUCGAAUAACACAUGACCAUGAAGAAAACGGCACCAGUUUAAACUCAUGAGACAAAGCCCACGCAUUUUUUUGAGGUAAAUGAACUGGUUUAACCGAAAGCUAAAUAAAUAAACAAUGAACUGACAGUGGUGAGGUAUUUGGAUCAGAAUUCUAGUCGGCGGGAAUAAGAGAAAUUUUGUCUGCAUACCUGUCUUUAUGACAGUUUCUAUUCAGAGCUCUAGGGAGUUCUUGUGGAAAAGGACCCCGCGAUUUUUGAGGAAACAAAUUAUCACGUUACGUUUCUCCUCAUUUUUCCAACAGUUAGCUAUAUCUAUUUUGUAAAGCGCGUAAUUUUAUUAGCUGUAGUUCAUAUGUCUGUUUCGGUACUGGUUUGCUUAUGAUUAAUAACACUAAAUUCUUGAAGCGGUAUUCGCAGCAAGAAGUCUUGCUUUCAGUCGCGUUGCUCAGAAACUUCGUUCGGAGACUCACGAGGAGUUUCCGGUUUGUUUAACUUGCCUCAGAGCACUGACUCAAUAGAGAGUCAUCUCUGCUUAAUUCAUCUGUCAAAAGAGAGUGUCAUGGAAGGACAGCUUAUCUUAGCAAGAGCUGGGCUAUUCGAUAUAGGAGACUCAGUUAUGGCAAAAAUGUGGGUCUGCGCAAAGCAUAGGCACACUUAUGGGAAGUUCUAGCACCGAAGCUCAGCGUGCCAGUAUCCGACACUCCCUGGUAGCGAUUCCAAAGGGAUAAAGAGCCGGUAUUCUGUCAAUUUGCAAAUGUCAAGGGCCAUUUCUGAGAUGUAUGACGUUCUAUGGAGGUCUAGACAAUACUGCAGCUGAGGGAACGGAUGGUUUCAAGGAUUUUUUCCAAAUUAUAGACGAAUUGGAACGCGUAGGAGCAGAAAAGGAUUGGUGUGAAGAGAUUCGGAGGAGGCUUCAGGAGAGCAAGUUGUAUUUGAAGACUACAUACCGUAAUCACUGCAAAGAGAACGAUAGCAAAUGUGCCGGUCACUGUAGGGUCUUUGCACGGAGCGAUGCUGGGGACACUGACCUUCAGAAAGUAUGCAGUCAGAGUCACAACGUGAAGCGUGAAGAUUGUGAGAAGCUGAAGAGUGUUCUUGAAGAGGCAAGAGGCGCUAUUUCUGAGUACACAGUGCAAUUGGGCAAGGUUCAGGCGGAAGACUAUCUGUAUGAAGCAAAAAAUGCUGUCGCUAAGAUCUUUGAAUGGAGAGGGCAUAUCCUGAGAGCAGAGAACCAGAAUCAAUGCAAGCGGAAAAUUGUCGAUACUUUGAAGAGAGAUGAAACAUUUAUGACUGGGCAAUGAAGUUCAUAGCGGUGAAGUUACGGGAAAAGCAAGCAGAAUGGUUUGCUAAGAGGAGAAUCAAUUGGCAUGUGAGUAGCGUUGUUAUAAACAGGAGGAAAGCCUGGAAGUAAACUGACAUGUACACCUUCUUAACAGCUGUAAACAAGACUGGUUUUCAGUGCUUUCAGUCCUAGAAAAUCUUUGUCACCAUAAAGUUAUAAAAUACAGGAAUAAUAAAGGCUUUUCUAAGAUCAGAUGAAGCAGGUUGCUAUCACAACAUUAAGCUGGUAUCAUCUCUAGGAGAGCUCGGAUAUCGCCAGGGAAUCGAACUCGUGAGGUACAAUCCGACAGGAGGAAGGAAGGAAGGAAGGAAGGACAUAUCACACAGAUUUCAAAAUAUUUUUGCUGCAUGCGUUGUGAUACGACGACCGGGCUAUUCAACUUUUGAAAUUUUCGAUGUCGCAAGAGUUCAAAAAAGGGCCUAUUGCAGCUUUGACUUUUGAGAGCUCUAAAAAUUUUAUUUCAACGUAUUUCCAGAAACUAAUGUGGUUUUAUUUACUUGCUACCAAAGAUAUUUUAUUGGGCAACGUUUGAUGGAAAACUUUUUUUCGAUGCGAAAUACCCUUGACCGCUCCUACAGAUAUCGCCACUUAUCACUAUCAAGUGAUACUAAAAAUUAUAAUAAAGUUCGGAUAUAACGCGCGCUGUCAUUGGUUGAAAGAGCGUGCUCUAUGAGAGUUUAUAGUAAAGUUUGGAUAUAACGUGCGCUGUCAUUGGUUGAAAGAGCGUGCUCAAUGGGAGUAUAGAGCAUAGAGCUGAGCUAAAGCUGUCACGCCACCUGCCAAAUUGUACUAUGUUCGACUUUAUCCGGGACUUCUUUUUAGCUUUUUUCCGAUAAUUGAAAGUGAAAUUUCGGUACAAGUGAGCCGGCAAGUAGCAACAGAAGAACCAAACAAAGGUUUGUAAACAUACCAGGCGCCGUAAUUUACGUUAUUAAAAUGUGAGCAGAUACAAAAAUCCUCAAAGGAAAAACACAAUAGACGUUCCGAGUUUUGAAGAUUUUCGCGUUCAGUUAGAUUGCAAGCUUACGUACGGUUAUAAAAAUCAAACACAGCUAAAGUUCAGUGUUCAAAAACAAAACAGAACAAAACAGAAAUGAUGAAAAAUAUAACCAAACUGGCAUAACUAUUAAAAUUCAUACUAAUCAUGAUGGUGUCUGAGCCAAUAUGAUCGCUCAUCGUGGAGAUCAGUAAAGCAAGCCUCAGAAACAUCGGCCGCCCUUCGAGUGAAAAAAUAAGAGCUUGCUCUGAUAUCCUUUCCGAUGCGCUGAGUGGAAAGUCACAUCAGUCACAGCAGCCAAGUUUUGCGGCGCUGUCAUCCCGAGCGAUCUUCAUGUUCCGGUGAAUUCGGCUGUCGUUCAUUCAAAAAACACUCGCCUUGAACAGUUUGUUUUCUACCUUGUCAUGUGAAAAAACUCGCGUGUUUUUAUGAGCCAUAAUUCGGCUGAAGUUCAUUGAACAUUUUACUUCAAGAAUCUGUAGUAGAGGCUUAAAAACUUCAGGCAAAAGUGUUAAAUUCGACCUGCCGAAAUAUUUUAGUUUGUAAACUAUCGCAGAUUGUGAACUUUGAUGGUUUUUGAACUUUUAUGGUUUGACACUUUUGACAGCUUUCGUCUUGAACAGCCGAUCAGAUUGUUUGAACCAUUCAAACAGGGAUUCUGAUUGGCUUAUUGUAGCGUGCUUUAUGAGAGUUUACAUAAUAAGCUCAGUUAUGCACGCAUUCUGAUUGGUUCUCACUUAUGAUCUAUUGGAGGACAGACGUAUAGAUGACGUCAUCAUUAAAACUUUUUUUUUCUUAUAUUUUAAUUCUUUAAUAUAUAAAACAAGUAGAUUCCAAGUUGCAGUGCGUCUGUUCAGUAAUAGAUCACAGAGGAGUUCAAAAUGUGAUAAGAACAUCAGUGACACACUCGGCUGCGCCUCAUGUGCCACUUUUUUGUUCUUAUCACAUUUUGACGUCAUCUGUGAUCUAUUACUGAACAGACGCACGGCAACUUGGAAUCUAUUUGUUAAGUAGAGCAUGCUGACGACACUUUUGUUCUCUUUGGAAAUAAAAUUUGUUUUGAAAAUUGAAAGUAAUGCUUGGGAGUUUGCUUCGGGAAUUUAACGGAUUCUUUAUUAUAAAACAAAUAGAGAAGCCUUGACUGUGCUUUGUUCUGUUAUAAAGCACUUAGGAAGCCGCUAGAGCACUCAAGAAGUGGGGAGAAACACGAGUCGUAGUCGAGUGUUUCUCCCUACACUUCUUUCGUGCACUAGCCGGUUCCCAAGGGUUUUUUUUUACAAAACAGAGCACAGUCGAGGCUUCUCUACUUGUUAAAUAGAGCAUAGAGCUGACCUAAAGCUGUCACACCAUCUGCCAAAUUGGACUAUGUCCGACCUUUUCCGUGACUUUUCUCUAGCUUUUUUUUUCGUUAAUUGAAAGUGAAAUUUCGAAACAAGUGAGCUGGUAGGUAGCAACAGAACAACCAAACAAAGGUUUAUAAACAUGCCAGGCGCCGUAAUUGACGUUAUUAUCACGUGAGCCGAGACGAAAAUCCUCAAAGAGGAAACGAAAACAGUCGGACAGUCCGAGUUUUGAAGGUUUUCACGUUCAGUUAGUUUGCAAGCUUACGAAGGGUAAUAAAAAUCAAACACAGCUAACGCUCGUAUAGUAUAUAAAGUUUGAGUUCAAAAACAAAACAGAACAAAACAGGAAUGAUAAAAAAUGUAACCAAAGAGGCAUAACUGUUAUAAUUUAUACUAAUCAUGACGGUGUCAGAGCGACUGCGAUGAUGCUGAGGUCCAACGUGGCUAGCUCGGAGAUCGCCAGUGAAGCAAGCCUCUAAAAUUACAUCGACCGCCCUUCGAGUGAAAAACUAAGAGCUUGCUCUGAUAUCCUUACUGAUGCGUUGAGUGAUGAAGGCCACAUCAGUCACUGCAACCGAGUUUUACGGCUCUGUCAUCCCGAGCAAUCUUCAUGUUCCGGUAAAUUCGGCUGUCGUUCAUUCGUAAAACUCGCCUUAAGCAGUUUGUUUACUAUUUGUCAUGUUAAAAAAACGUGCGUGUUUUUGUGAGCCACAAUUCGGCCGGAUUUCACUGAACAUUCGCAAGAACUUCGUGUGAUUCACACGCGUGUACGUCAUUCGCGUCAGGAAACGCGCCGCAAGUAUUUAUAAUUAGGAUAGGAGAUAAGUAUGCAGUAACGGUCACAGUUAGAAAGUAAUUGCAAAGAAAAAUAAAGUUUGCAUUGUAACUUUGACCCUGAUAACGCGUUAUAAAUUCACACCUAACGGAAAUCAUGACAGCUUUCUAGUUUGGCCAACUUUUUGCAAAUUUCCUUCUUUCUCAAUAACUCACGCAUGUUUCAAGAUUUGAUUUAAUUUCUUAGGAAAUCUCAGUCAAAAAUGUCAAUUUCUCGAAAGGAAAUUUCGGCUGAAGUUAAUCCGAAAAGGUUUGAAGCAAACUUAAGAAAGGACUCUUAGUUAACUCUUGUUAUUUGUAAAGAGCUAUGUUUGCCAAAUAAACACAGCAUCAGUAAAAAAAUCGAAUAUGACUGUAUUCUUAAGACAUUACCAUCAUUGUACUUCAUUCGGGUCAACACCGCGUUCAUUCACGUUAGACUGAAUGAAAAAAUUAAAACAUUAAACUCGGCCAAACAUCACGUUGCUUCAAAGAACUGAAACCAUAAUCGUUCGUACUCAGAACAGACGCUCUAACUAUCGGGCUUCUUUUUUCUGGCUACAGGUGAUUUGAUAGUCAAGAGUGGUGAAUUUCUUUCGAUAAACACAACUGCUCCGUCCAUUAACAGCAGUUCAAGUUCUAAUUACACCUCAACCCUUCAAAAUAGAAGCUCUCCACACGGCAGCCAUCAUUUUGCUCAUAUAGUGUUCAAUGGUAACAUUGAGUUCAAGGGCGGGUCAACAGUUAAAGUGUUGGGGAAGUAUGCUCUGAGUUUAGAAAGUAAGGAUGGAAACAUCUCAAUACACACUGAUGUGAACAUGACUUGUGGGGAGGAAGUGUUUGACACAACAUGUCUUGGUGGAUUUGCACAGAAUUCAACAGCAGAGGCCGACGUCUAUAAAGGUUAGAAGAGUUCGAAUGAAUGAUGGUCAUUUCGCCCCAUUGUCAUUUCGCCCCCAGUCACUUCGCUCCGACCCAAACUCAGUUCGCUCCAUAAUCGAAGUUACUUCGCUCCAUACAAAAGUUACUUCUCUCCAUGUGAGAAAUUAGUGAAAUAUUGUCGUGAACUUUUUGUUUCGAUGUUGGAGUUGAACUGAUUUUGAACUUGUCAGUCCAGAUUUAUUUCCUAACGCAGCUUCCAGUCGCAUUCGCUUACACUUGGUAACACGAAAUAUUUCGUUCGAUUACUUUCUUCAACACGAAUUCUUAUACGUUGUAAUCCCUCAAAACCCCCGUUACUACACGGAAGGAAUACUUGAAGGAGUGUCCUUGUUAAUUCUUAUAGUUUCGCUUACGACAUUUCAAUACACUUUUAUGCGCGUGAUUGGUAAUGUCGUUUCACUUUUACAGCCCGUGAUUGGUUGAAAAUUGCCAUGACAACGCACCACUGAAAUAAGAAAAGAAAACUUUUAUGUAGGCGAUGAAGGCAGGUGAGCCUCACCGUUUUCAAAGAGUCGGUUUGUGGAAACAAACUACUUUGAAAGUUUAGAGUCACCUCGAGGAAGCUCAUGUGAGAUGGCGAAACCACUUUUAGAAAAGGUUACGAGUUUGAAUAAAGAUAACCAUAAGUUUACAUAAACUCUUCGGCUUUUUCAGAUAAACCAGUCCGCGCUUGGAUUGGUUACUACCUGAUUACUGAAGUCUCACUUCUAUUAAAGUUCACACAUUGCGUGGGUAGUAGAUGUGACAAGAAAAGAACAGUACAUUCUUAAUUAAUAAAAUUGAACCGGAAAACUAAAAGCAAUUUAAGGCGUUACGUUGCAAGUUCACUAAUCUUAGAGUGAUAGAGAAUCUUUUAAGGACCCUUUUGAGAUAAUACAAAUAGUUGAGGUCUAGGUCGUCUUCUGAAUUUUCAAAUAAACGAUUCUUUGAAAGGCUUAGUUGGCGCGUUGUGCCAAAAAAGAAAAUCUGAACUUGAAUUAACAAUUAACGUGGGUACGUGUGGAAAGAAACUGACAACAAUACAAUCUUGAUUAACAGAAGUUUUGUGCAACUACACGCGCAAUAAAUCAAAAAAAGAUAUUAAGACUCAAUAGCCCUGUAACUAAACCCAGAUCUCGGUCGCUUUUUAAGUCCUUGAACGAAUUACUCCUUGAACCACGAACAUGUUUAACAAAAAGUUUUUUUACAUGCAGUUCAUACUCUACAGGGUCACAGUUUUGAAAUGCAAUCGACCAUCGAUCAACAAGCGCAUCAACAACAUCAGCAUUGCAGCAUGUAAGUGCUACAAGUGAAUGCUAAACAACGCGCGUAAUUAAAAAAAGAUAUUUAGACUCAAUUGCUCUUUAACUACGCUCAGAUCUCAGUCGCUUUUUAAGUCCUUGAACGAAUUACCCCUUGAACUACGAACAUGUUUAACAAAAAGUUUGUUACAUGCAGUUCAUACUCUACAGGGUUACAGUUUUUGAAAUUCAAACGACCAUCGAUCAACGAGCGCAUCAACAACAUCGACAUGGCGUCAAGAUCGUAUUUAUAAAUCGAUCGACUGUAACAUACAAUCUUGUAAGCAUAUACACACUUUUUGAAAUUCGAGCGCAUUUUGAGCGCACCAACAACAUCGGCACGGCGUCAAGAUUGUAUUUAUAAGGGCAUCCACAACAUCGGCAUGGCGCAGAGGACAGAGAGAGAUAAACGCGAGUGAAACGAACAAUUACAAACAUGUCGUCAUAAAGUCAUACAAUCUUGUAACCAUGUAUACACUUGACUUGUAACAUGGAGCAAAGUAACUUUUGUAUGGAGCGAAGUGACUUCGAUUAUGGAGCGAACUGACUCUUGGUUGGAGCGACCGAAUACCGUUGCACAUACACGUAUUUUUUUGGCAGUGUUUUGUUUCAAAUUCUAUCGGUGUCUGGAGCUGGAUGUCUUAAAGAUAUCGCGUGGAAGGUAGCGACCGAUGAAAUAACAUAUUUACUUCAAUCUCACUUGCAAUUUCCACAUGAAUGUCGAAGGAAAUCUCUCGUAUUAUGAGGUUCUGCGAGAAUUUCUAGGAACACACUUCGACCAGCUUUAACCGCCGGUUGUUUGUUUAGUUGAUAUGAAGGGCGCCCUCUGGCUUUUUUCAUACAAGGGCAGUCAAGUUCACGAUGAGACGUCCACAAAAAUAAAACGUCUGACUUAUUUAAAAGUCCAUUGAACAGAAUGUUAUCAAGAAGGAGAUAUGAUCAUCCAUGGGCUGAAACGAAAACAUAAUGACCUCUAGAAACACUAAGAAAAUCGGUAGUUGGCAGAAGUCAUGACGCCAUGAGGGCCCAGGAGAACAACAGGAACGGCCAUGGACUCGGACUAAACAAACGUUCACUCGACUUCUGUUUUGAUAAAUGUGAAGGACAAAAUAUUUAGAUACGUCAAAUUGUCCCAAAUAAGUCAUCGCAGCUGGACUUUAAGUUGUGAUGUCUCCCAAACAUUUCAACCGACGCCAUUCAAACUGCUCUCGACGCGAAGCUCUUUUUAUGCCAUAUCAAGUGAACUGGAACCCAAGGGCUAUAACUAUCAGAGACAAAAAUGCGGGACUAAAAUGUGGGGCUAGUUUAAGUAUUGAAAAAUUGGCGCCAUAUUUCAUGACGUCAUAGUAUAGGAAAAACUGUCUAUGGCUCGGACUGGUUUAUCCGAUGUUCCUGGAAGCUGAUUUAAAUCUACCUGUAUAGGAAUUUAUUGAUAUAAGCUUCUGCACUAGCUUUAGCGAAAUUUCAAGAUCUCGGUAACAGGUGUGAUUCCACGGAAUCUGAAAAAUAAUUUCUAUAAUUCCGCGGAAUGCCUGUGGCAUACCACGGUAAAAUCCGGUUGGUUUCUUUUUCGUUGCGUGGACAAAUUGUAUAGCUAUCCAAUAGGAAUGUGUAAAACCGUUAUUGAUUUUUAUCUUAUAUAAACAUUGGUGGCCGGAUUGUGCGUUCGGAGGUAUUUUCGUCCAGAUUUAGAAAACUAUGAAGCAUUUUUACGGUCAAAAUUAAAACAGAAGUUAUGUUAUGGCGUUUAGCAUUUCAUCGGCCACUCGUUAAAUUACGUUUCAACGUAAUAAAAUUUACCAAUUAACCUCUCACCUUGCGUAAGGUUUAUUUUGAAAUCGACAUCGCGCAAUGGUCUUGAAAUACUACAAAAUUAACAACAAAUCGCCAGGAAAUAACUCAGUAUAGUCAUAAGUUGUAUUAAAGUGUUUACGGCCUGUUUAUGCACUUAUUGACGUUUCUGAUAAACAAGUUACGGCGGCUGAAAAUAGACGUCCUCAAAGGAGAAAAUUCGUUGUCAGCGGAGAUGGAAAUUGAGUUUAACGAGUUUUUGCUCUCAGGAGGGAUGAAACAGGCGAUGAGCAACACGAGGAGAUCGGUUGGUGGAGUUACAGUUUGUUCCAGAAGAAUCGAAAGGUUUUUAAACUGCCACUCUUCGCUAUUUUCAACAACGGUCACGGUUUCUUCGGCUGAUCUAACUGACUAAUCAUAGUAGUUUACUGUAACUACACAAUUCCUUUCAAUGCUAUGUUCAGUAGCCAAUGCAUCCCACGGAAUCGCCUUCUGCGCCUUAGGCGUCUUGUUACUAUAGGAAUUGGCGUUCUACAGAGGAUGCGUUACAAAUCUACCAAUGGUGUUUUCAAUGAAUGUUUCUAAACGAAUCGGCAGACUUCGAAUUUUCUUCAGUGAGUCCUCUUAUUAAAUUGCGUAAGCGUUCAACUUAUUCACCAUACGAAAAAAAGUAAUCGUCUCCUCCGCAUUACAACAUGGCCGCUCCGAAAAUGCUAGCAAGAAAAGUUAUCGUCCUAAUCCUCUCUCCGCUUCAUCAGUUUGUAUGGUUUUGUCUAGGCCAAUUGUAUCACAGGAAAUGGUAAAGACAAAACUUUCUAUGGCCCGGACUGCAAACACCCGAGUGUUUUCUUCAGAUUCUUCAACUUGCUUGGAAAGUUCAUCUAGUAAACUUCGAAAAGACUAGAUUUGUAAUCCAAAGCGAACUUCUUAACAACCUCUACCGUCCGUUUAUAAACAUCGCCUUUGUCGUAUUGACCCAAUAAUUGUGAGUUGAGAGGGGUGCCCUCAUCAGAAAGGUGCUUCUUUCCGUUUUUAAAUUAUAAAUCUCGUUAUGGCAUUGUCUUUAUUUAAAGAUAAGUCAAAUUCAAACUCUGAAUAACACAACUGGAUUGUACAUUCUCAAUGGAAACACAAAUCUGGUGUGUAGUGGGAUAUUUUUACACUUUCUUCCGACGGUGCUAUUCCCAGAAAGAUCCGACGUUCUUACUUGACCUAUAGUAUCCGUAUUCUCGAAUUUCACAAGAAGCCUACGUGUAUCCUUUUUUAAUCGCGCGGGCACUCUUCAUUGAUAAUCAAUAAUUCAUAGUGUCUUCGCAACGAAAGGCAUUAGGAGAUUUUUUGCAGUAAGAGAUUUUUGCCGAAAAUAUUUUUUGUGACAAUGGCUGCCCGAUUUGCGGAUGGCAACGAAGAAGACAUAGUACAACCGAAACUUAGACCAACAUCUUCUAACAGUAGGCAAAAAGACGAAGAAGAUAUAAGCGAGUUGAGAGCUAUGUUUUACACACGCAAACAACAAUUUAGCCUCACUUUUUCACCGAGCAGAGAAAGGAAAGUGGUGAAGAGUACGAACGAAAAUGGAAAAAACUUCUCCUGCUGAAAGAUGUUCGCCCAACAGCUAGCCCUAAGACUUGAAGUCAAUGUUUGAACAUUUCAUAAACAGUUUUAGGCACUUUGACCAUUUUAUCUUGUCAUUAAAUUCCUUGUCGAAUAUACUACAAAUUUUAAUUUUUUUUAUUUAUAGCUGUACUUUUAGACAUUAUUAUGCUUAAAGCCUUUCGCGAUUCAUUUUAACCUUAACUGAUUAUUUAUUGAUUAUUUUUAUAUAUUUUUUAUUUUGAUCACGUUUUCCGUUAGUCAUAACUGAAAAAAGUCUUUUGUGGCCAACGAGUCCAUGCUCCAACAUUACAUAUUAUUUUUAGUCGCAUUUUUGUAAGUGAUGAUGAUUUACGUCUUUUAAAAUAGAGUUUUAGUUGCUAUUGUGCUCAUUGCUAGGACUUGGACCUGGGGGAUUAACAAUUAAAGGAAAUCCUCCCAAACUAAGUGACAAAUGUACGCCAGGCGCAAGUCAUGGAGGAUAUGGAGGAAAAAGGAAUGGCGAUGAAAGUCUUUUUUAUUUCCCUAAACCGUAUGAUAGAAACAACACAGCCUCCCUAUUAGGAGGAAGCGGAGGUGAGAUUAUUAUGACUUUCAUUUGAAGUAGAAAAAACUACUUAAAUAAUUACAACACAGUUAUGUAGCACAUGAAAUGUCGGAGCAGAUGUAUCACAAUUUGUGGUAUCUUUUUUUAACUGUUUAUGGCUAUUCGCAUGGAUUUCCAUGCGACAAGCUCAGAAACUUGGGCGAAUACCUCGCUUAUUUAACUGAAACAAACUAAGGAAACGUUUCAUUCUGAUAUUAAGCCGAAAAUACAUUCCGGCCAAAAAUCGCAUGCAUUGUUGUUAUCCAACAACUGAUUAAUCAUUUUUUUUUAUUCAGGUUCUUGCAUAGGAGAAUCAGGAAACGUUUCUGGUGGUGGAGCCCUGGAACUUGUGGCUGAUAAAGGAGAGAUAAUUAUAGGUAAUGAACUUGUUAUAUUAUUCUCUAACAAUAUCUCAAAUUUGUCAAAAGCUGCAAUUAAAUAGUUAUUAAGAUCAGUCAGAGUAAGAAUUUAAUUAAUUCAUAUCUUUAUGUACUGUCAACGAUAAGACUGUGUUCACAGGUCUCAGCAAGAUAUGUUGAAUUUGCUAUCUGCAACUCAGUCGAUUUGGUUGACUUGACACCUACUUGGUAAAGUUAUCCUCUCGUAAAGAACCAUUCGCCGAUGCCCGGACAAAGCACUCGGUUAUUUCAAAGAACUGGACGAUGUCACUUUUUUUUAUUAAAGUAACUGACUUAACAUGGACAGCAUAAUCUAUUAAAAGUUUUCUCUGGCCAACCAAUAAAUCCACGACAACAACAUCCACAAACACAUUCUUUGUUUGCCCUUUGAACCGUCGCGUCAGACCUUUAGACGAAUGUUAAAUUUAGGAGUAUAGUUUUUUUUAUUAUAGUUUGUUUUUCCAAACUUGAUCCAUGCUAUCAGGUGGACACUCAUUACAUUCACUUUUUAAAUGUUAUUUCAUAACUUUAUGAACAAUGAAGCCUUUAUGAACAAAUUGCGAUCCUUGGAAGAAAAGCACUUUACAGGAAGCAAAAAUGAUCACGGCUGCAUAGUACUCAGCACAAUAUAAUUAAUGGUUGCAUCGUGCUCAACAAAUGUCAAAUGUCAAUCUUGAGAUUUACGAAAAUCUUAUUUUGACGCUGCAAAAGUUUUGAAGACUUUCUUUCUAUGUUUAUCUCUAAGUUCAAAAUUUGAGAACGAUUUCUCUUCCUAGCUAGUUACGGAAAUUAAUUGGUGACAUUGAUCCCGUUCCAGCCGCACCUAUUAGAGCUGAAGCCCAAAAUAGCAGUACAGGAGCGUGUUCUGGAGGAUCAGGAGGACUUAUUCGCCUUAAGGCUGCUAAGGUAGAAGCCUAAAUUACAUAGUACCAAGUUUGUCAAUGAACAUAGAUCGAUGAUAGAGUUAAUUUUUGUAUUAUAGAAUUCUUAUCAUAUUCUUCAGAUACAUGGAAUUAAAUAUUAAUUCGAAUUUUACUCAUUUUCAAAUUUACCACAGUAUUAUCUGCUUUGACUAGUUUUAAAACUCAACAAAAUCUCUGCUAUGAUUAAUCAAAGGUACUUAUACGUAAAAAAGGAAAGCUAAUUGUGGAUGGAGGGAAAGGACAGGGUCCUAACCCUACGGCUGGCGGAGCAGGAGGAGUCAUUCAGAUAAUAGCACCUGAAGGAGAGAUUGCUGCUGACACUUUAUCGUUGAAACAUGGUAAAACAAAAAAAAAUAGCAAACAAUUUUGUGACAACACAGCUGAGGAUGGCCAUUUUCUCCUGGAAGGUAAGUCAAGAAAUGCUUAAAGAACCUGUUUUAAAUAUCUGAGACAGCAUCAAAGUUUCCAAAGUUGGUAAAGUUCUGAUAUACAUGUUGACUAAGUAACAGUUUAUCAUUUAACCCAAACUUGCCGGAUGAAAAAGAAAGUUUAUUAAUCGAUAAGAAUUUUAAGACGGAUUCGAGAAAUACAUUACUGAAUGCAUUUUUCUAGUUUGUAUAUUGUAAUGGGUUUAACUUCCAUUCCUUCAACAUGUUUCAUACCUGUAUGAAUCUAUCUGUAUGAAUCUAUAUAUAAUCAGAUGGUGUAACAUCGUUAAACAAUGUAGGUUAUGAUCCAAAGAUGUCUCCGACGCUUCUUUUUAUCACGAAUGUUGAAAAAUAACACUCGAUAUAAUUACCUACAAACAAAAUGCAUUAGCAGCUCUAAAAAGCAAAAUAACGGAUAGCUUUUAUUUACUUAUAGCAAAUAAAGUUGCGGGAACUUAUAAUAACAUAGAACCUUACAAAUGGCCAUCAAGACCUAAUAUUGGCUCCACCAGUGCUUCUUCAAUGAAAUCAACAGGUUUGUUUGCGUAUAAGCAGUCUUUGUGUGCCGAGUAAGAAAGCAUGUUAGAAAGCAUCAGCUUUUCACCUUUUGGAAUGCGAGCACCUCUUUAUUGAUCGCGCUGCGGCAUGAGUGUUUUCUUUCUAAAAAGGAAAAUAACGGAUAGCUUUUAUUUACUUAUAGCAAUAUAUACUUAUAGGGCCAUCAAGCCUCAAUGUCUCUAGCACUGCUAAUCCGAAGGAAUCAAAAGGUUUCUUUGUGUAUAAGCAGCAUUUGUAUGCCAAGUAAGAAGUGUUCUCAACAAAACUUUUUAAUCUUAGAAAGUAUCAGCUUUUUACCUUUUAGAAUGCGAGCAGCUCUUUAUUGAUAGCGCUGCGGCAUGACUGUCUUUGCCUGAGAGCAACCCUAAAGCCUUGAGCAAAGCGAGCCGGUGAGAGGUCUACAUGGGAUCUGGCUCAACCCAAACAAUACUUAUCAUACCUGUUUUAACCACAUCCAUUGAUUGAUAAAAACAAUACCAUGCUCUCGGAAUGGGUGCGGGCUUAUCAGUCGUCUGGUGACGUGAUGUGUUUGCUAGCGCAGGAUACGUAGUGCAUUACUGAGAUCCAACCCAAAGCAGCUACCUAUGUACACAUGUAUGCAGCAAUGAGCCGAGAGCCGGCCACCGGGACGCGACUCUUAAGUAUAUUUACUUCAGACACUCGAAGAAUGCGAUUUUUAUAAACCACGCGGGAUGUUGGGAGAACUCGAGAAAAGUUUGUAAUCAACGAUGCGCAGCCAAGUGGUUUUUAAACUUUUCGAGAAUUUCUGAAGUUCUUUCACUUUAACCGCACAGCGAAAAAUAAAGGCUUACAACGGAGGUAGCAAUUAGUUAAACUGCAUUUUCAAUUGAAAAUUUGAUGUAAUGGAAAAAUAAAAUCUUUGUCUAUUUUUUUUGGCGUUCAAAGUGUCCUUUUCGUUUCCUCCAAACCAAAGGUAGUUUUCUAAGGGUAUACAGGUAAACAUACAAUAGAUUUUUGACUAAUCAGAGCUCGCGUUGAUCUAAGUUAUGUUGUAAAAGCUAGUAACCGGAGUUGAGAGAACUAAUCAGAGCACCAGAAAUGCAACAUCCAGAGUUGAAAAUGAAAUAAUCUCUUUUAUUGUUGUUCAUAAUUAAACUGUUUCAGAUGUAACCGUAAAAGAUCUGUUAGAAAAGUUGCAAGAGAUCGAAGUAAGCCUUUGGGUGAGUAUGCCGCUCUCGCACGAGGCGUGGCGUUUGUUCUAGCUUAGCCGUAAGUCCAGUGAUUGAUCAUUUCUUCAGGUGCUUUCAACUUAUACAAAUAUUGUUCACUUCUGAAAGAUUAACCGCAUUUCCGAGAAGAAAAAUUUUUAUGCUAAAAUUAACUUUACUGAUCGAUAGAUGAACUGGAAACAUAGGUAGAUUCAAAUGUAUACUUAUCAAGUCUUCCAAUUUAAUUAAUCAUAAAAGCUUUUUUUUUUCAUUCCCAGGAAGAUAAACAUGUCAACAAAUCUGCCAUUCUCGGAGUUAUUACCAUACAUCAAGAUCUUGCAUCCAUCGAAAUGUUAAAUAAGAACAACGAGGAAUUAUGUCUUGACACUUUCAAAAUUUACCCUACCAUCAUGUUUCGGAUAGUUAACGAAGAUCCAGAGUUUGUGAAGGUAGGAAUAAAUGCAUGGAAAAACGAAAAAAAAAAACGAAAAAAUAAAAGAAAAGCGAGUCAGUUACUUAAACAAAGUUGAGUCUUUGUUUGCCGAAAAAACAUCCUAACCCAUCUUCGGUUCUCUUCUACUAAACUAAUCAUUUUCUCUAAACAGUGGCGAGAACGUUCUUAGCUAACAUGAGAAAAACAAUCACACCACCCACUGAAUAAAUCUAGAGAUUUAUUGCGUGUCUACAACCGCAUCCUAAGGUUCUCUUCGCUUUGAUAACUGACCCUGGUUAAAUUGUAAUUGACAGAUCCGAUUUGUGAAGAUGCUCCACUUUCCUCGCUUUAAUGAGUAAAAACGUUUUAUAGUAAAGCGAUUUACUACUUAAUGACAAUCAUUCAAGGAGAGGAAAUUCAUCACAAAGGAAGGUUGUGCGGCUUUACGGCCUGCAGAUUUAAGCUUGGGCCUGUUACUGUGAUUUGUUCUUUGGAUGAACGCUUUAUUUCUACACAUCACGUCCCUAGAGUAUCAAUACUCGUGAGUACCAGCGGAAACCUGCGAUGGACAAUCUUCUCUGAGAACAAUAAUACUGCUACAGAAACCCGGCAGAACGAGCUAUUCAGCUAUUAUUCAGAUUAAACCCUCUAUAGUUGGCAGUUUUGAUAAGCCUUUAUUAUCAAUGGUUUAAUUACAUCAUUCAGUGCUUUACAAUUUGUUGUUUGAAAGUAUUCAUUUGUGUUCCUUGUUCAUUUCUGCUCUCUUUGGUGAUGAAAUACUUUCUUAUUGCAGAAUACAUCUCGGAAGGUUUUAAAGGCUGCUAAUAGCUGUCUCGAUAAGAAGAACCAUGAAUUUUGGAAAAACACUUCGAGAGUAAUAAGCUUCAAUUUUACACUUUUAAAGUAGUUUGUAAUUUAGUGUGAUCUUUGUGUCUUGAAUUCGCAUGAAAUGGUUUCGCAUUUACUCAGGUAUACAUUUUAUAAUUUUGCGGGUUUAGCAACAUGCACGUUCUUUCUCCCACAUCUUCUUCAUCGAAAAUCUGAUAACAAAAGAAGAAUAGAAUAGUUAGCCAGAAUAUAUCCUGGUUUUUUUUAAACUUCUAUUCCCUGUUUCUUAAUAUAGAUGCCCGACUUGAUAGCGAACUUACAAGAUGUCUUCGUUAAUAUGACAGAGGGAAACCUUUCACUCGGAAUUGAUUAUACCCUUGCAACGGAAAAAGUUUGUAAGUAUUUUCUUUAUUGUCGCUUUUAAUUCAAACUACAUGAAGAUGCCUUCCUUUCUCCAAGGGUUUGGUUUGUCUCCAUCAGUCAGAUGGUGAAGGAUCUUUUUUUUUCUUUAAAACGUCCUACCACAGUUGAGAAUUUUUAACAUCUCCUUUACUACGGGUUACAACAGUGUGCGAAGUUUUACUACAAAUCUGUGACAAGUUUUAAAUAUAAGGAAUCGCCAUAAAUAUUAUUUUAAUUCAAUCGGUCAAUAAUGAAGCUAAAUCUUCAUUUUAGCUCUAUGCAAUGUUCUGAAUGCUUCUGACGGAGUUUAAUCGUUUGUUUUUUUUUAUGUUUUGUGUCCUUCUGAGUUGUGAAAAAAGGAAGACUGCAAAAGUUUACUGUAUGGCAUGACAACAUAUUUUCCGAUUAAGAAAAUUCACCAGAGGGCCAAUACUUCUUUAUAUCUGAUCAUUGUAUCAUCGUUAUAACGUCCUUUCUUCCUUUAAGUGGCCGUGAUUAAAAGAAAACGUACCACAGCAGAGGAGGAUUACAUCAUAAUCCCAGACUACUCUACGAUAAAAGAUGACUCGUGGAGCGAUGAUUCCAACUUUGUGAAGAUCCCUAAAACAGCAGUACAAAGUGCCAAAGGUAAGGUUGUAGUUAUGCUUUUCUCUGCGAGGUUCACGAUAUUAAGGAAUCAAGUCACAGGACCCCUUCUAUCAGAGAUUUUAUUCUUUGCCUUAUUACACUACACAACACACCGCACCACACCACAUAACACCACACGACAUAACCACAUGUUACGGCACGUAAACCUCGCUUUACCUCUCUUUCCUUAGCUCCAAUAUGUACAUCCUACUCUACAUUUCUCCAUACCAUGAUACUACACUAUUUACCUUUAAAAGUACCUAGAUCUGCAUUACACAGCAAAAAUUUCGCCCGCAGUGGUUAUCGAGAUUUUAACCAAGUUUUUGUUUCUCCUGUUCGAGAUGUCGCCGAACGGGGCUGACUGAAACUCUCAUUUUUUACUUUUCCUAAUUUUGUCGGAUUUCGCUUCCAUCACCUUUGCGCUUAUUCGCAUGGACUGAAUAAAUAAGGACGAUUACUGUAAUGUAUUAAAAUGUAAUAUCUGUUCCCGCAUAGGAAAUUACACGUAUGUAUUCCUGCUGUAUAGGGACGUGGAAAGUGGACUGCCGAAUUCCUCCCAAAAGUAUGCUUUUUGCAUAAAAUGAUUUUUUAAAUCGUUUUAAAAUGUUGAUCAAAAAGAGAAUAACGAAUUUGUUUAUUGAACUUAUUUUCUCUCUUUAACACCUGUAGUGAAACUGGAGAUGAAUUCCACGUUUCCUCUCUUGUGAUGUCUUGUUACCUUGCACUUGGUGAUAAGCCUGUUAACAAUCUUACUUCUCCGGCCCUUCUGUAUUUCAAAACUUCGGUAAGUUAUCGCAUCUCUCUAAGAUAUGCCUUCAAUAGAGGUAUCUAAAACUCACAAAGGCGUAAAAUUGCAUGGUUUUGUUUAGAUAUGUGAGAGAGUUUACGAAAUAGAGAAGUGACGGAAGGCUAUCAGAAAUAUUGACUUCAUAGGGUGAGAUAGGUCGAAAUUGCUAGUAACGUAAAUAAUCUGACCGGUCAUCCCUGCCUCUGAUGCCUUAGUGUGUAACUCUAGUAGGUUGAACUUUAACUAUUUGUAACAAGAAUGACUAUCCAGGAGCAUCUGUCACUGUCAUAGACUCAUUUGUGAGCAGUAAGUGUCUUCCACAAAUCUCAAACCAUUGUUUUAUCAUCUCUUCCCACAAGUGCAACACGCCUUAAUUUCAUUUUGAAUGCCAUAAAUUCGGAAGUUAAUUUCAUUUUUAUUGAGAAAUUAUUUUCUUCUUUAUCCCUUGAGAUUCGUUAAGGUACUCAGCUAACGGUGUGUUUAAGCGUCUUUCCUGUCGAAUUUUUUUAGUCCGCCGAAGGCCGUUCAAGGCAGUGCUCAUUUUGGAAUACAAACAGAAGGUAAAUUUAUCUACAAACUUCAUUCACGAUUCUAAAAACGUUCUCUAUGCUCCUGGAUAGCACCCCCUUUUUUCGUAGAAUGAUGGUAAUGUUCUUGCUCCUCACUGAGUGAAGAGGUACCAGCUGUAUUGUCGUAUACCGUUGUCAUACUUUCUUACUGUUAACAUAACUAUAAUGGAAAUGAGGACUCUACAAUUCUCCGCCCAUUCCUUCGUUCUCAGAAAAUCUGAGUUACCGCCAGAACAGAUUAAUUGGACGAAGCAACAUCCUCAUUCCUGUAUGAGCUACCAAAGUCUAACUAACCCUGUAGUCACUCGGCUUUUUCACUCCUUCAUUGAUCAAGCACAUCUCCCAAGUCUAUGGACAGUAGGGUCCUUUCGAUAUUUUGACCGCGCACUCCUGAGAACUAGGUAGUACCAUGUAAGCGAGGCUUAAAGCACAAAAGAUGGUUGACUCUGCUGCUGUAAACCGGUUCCUUGGUUGAAAGAAUACUUAAAACAAAGGGGCAUUCAAAGCUCAGGGAAACGUAAGGUUGAACUGGUAGAACGUUGUGAGAAUAGUGAGGAGAUGAAAGUCCCAAAAAUUGCUGAAGAGGAAUCACCAGUCGAUCCAAGAAUUUCUACGAAAGAGCAACUGAAAACCGAUGAGGGAGAUCUCGCAAAUCCGUUGGAUAACGAAAACCGUGUUUUUUCCCAAUUGACCAAAAAUUUUACUAACGUACCGGACUUUAGAUUCCCUGAUCUUUUUAAUUACUUGGUGGGAAAAGAUCCCGUAUACAAUAGCGAAAGCCUAAAAAGUUACAAAUCUCUAUUGGAGUACGAAAAAAAGUUAAAAGCAUGUAUCCAAAAAGAAAUCUCCCUCCACAUAUUGCAGCUGAGGAGAACCUCAUGCUUGUGGAUGGCAAGUAUGAAAUUAAAAAAAGAAACCAAAUGGAACUACCAAAUCCAGGGAAUGAUGGGGAUAACAGGGAUUCAUCACUGUGAUCUAGUUAUUUAUACCCUCAAAGGAAUAUUGAUUGUAAACAUUAAGUUUGAUAGUGAUUUGUGGAAUGAAAUGCUCCAAAAGCCCUGAGAAACUUCUUUGUGGAGUAUAUAGUUCAGGAACUAUUCCACCAUGACAUACUUAAGUCAUUAUAGAGUGACUGCCAUUAGAUGCUGAUUGUAAAAGUGAAGGUGCUUAAAUAGUGUUUUUUGUCUGUGCUGUACUUUUAAUACAUGUUUCAUUUACCAUUUACAUACACUAAGUUGCAAUCACUUCCAUGUCACAAUAACUUGGUGUGCUUUUCUGCUCUCAUUCAUUUGGCCAGUGGUGGUAGCAAAUUGCACAGAGCAGCACAAACACUUAGAAUAUUGUCUGCAAUGGGUAGCAUUUGAAGAAGGAAGUUCUCUUGUAGAAUUCUAAAGUCCUUAAGACGUCCAAUAGCUUGUUCAAUAUGGAUCCAAACACUUGCAAUGGUACGGGUAGAUUUUACUGCCUUUUUUGAAAGUUACUUUCCUGUGUAAGAGGAGAAAAAAGGAUUUUGAAUGAAGUAAAUACCAAUUCAAAAGGUGCUGAUAGUAAAGUACUUGCUUUUUUGGAAACCAUUUUUCCAAACAAAACCUAUACUAAAUUAUUGGAUGGGUGGAAGUGACAAACCACUGCCUCACACCAACUUUUUCUGAAUUUUCUGGAUCCACCCCUGCUAUGUAAACAUGUUUGGAAGUUAGUAGAGACUACCUUUAUCUUUGAGCAGUUCAACUUAACCCUAUAAUAUAAAAAGUAUUCCAAAGAAACUUCUGUUCAGUUAGAAAGAUCCUUUUUUAUGAGCAACAAGUUAUGGAUGCUGUUAUAUCUUUUUUUUUUUUUUUUUUUUUUUUCACUUUGUCCAGGGAGACUUUCUCUUUGAUCUUAGCAUACCCUCUUCCACUCCUAUCUCAUUAGCUCCCUUUAUUGGAAAGGUACCUUUGCAAAGUGGUGGGAUAUUAAGUGCAACUUUCUUUCUUGUAAGCAGAUCUCUGAUGUUAACCCCUUGUCGGCCAUAACAGAAUCCCCCUCUUCAAGUUUGUCCAGUAGACCACUUCUUUCUGUGAUGUAUCUGUCACUGACAUUUCCAGUCCAUAGUUUAGAAACAAAGGAGAAGUAAUCUGUUGGAGUGAUUCCCAACAGUGCUUUCAUGGUAUUGUGCUGUUUAUAGUUACUCCAUGUAGCUCUCUGGGCAUAAGGGGAUAUUGGCUUUUGGAAAAAUAUCUCUGUGCAAUCUAUUAUUAUUCGAGCGCUUGGAAACUUUGAUUAAAAGAACUUGGCAACUUUCUUAAUUUCUUCCUUACAAGGCCAUUUAAGAAGAAUAUCACGAAAAACUGUUGAUACAAAGCAAAUCCACGUUGUGAAAACUUUGCUAACUGAUCCUUCUGAUACUCCAAAGAUAUAUGCUUACAAGCCCAAGUCUGAGUCUCACCAAAGUUAAGAUAAAUUCCUCCAUAAUGGUCAAUAAUCUUUGCUUUCCAGGCUUUUUUUUACUUGAAUCUUUUUGAUAGCUUACUUCUUUUUCUUUGUUUUUGUCCCAAUACUCAAGUUUUUCUACAAACGGCUUGAGCAAAUUAAAUGUCAUCAUAAAGCAAGCAAGGCUAGGUAUACCCGUAAAAAAUUUGACAGACUCGUCAUCUUUCAAAACAUCAUCCACAAAGAGCUCUCUUUUUAAUUGUUUUUUUGUUUCAUAACUUUGAUUUAAGUUAGGCGUUCCCUUCUUUUAAAGCGUCAAUUUUACUGGUUUAAACUUCUAGAUCUUCAUAAGGAAAGUCCGUUUGAGAUCCUUUGUCGUUACGAAGAAGGUGGCAAUAAUUGUGAUUUAAAAGGGCUGCAUCGUCGCUUACGAAACAAAUGUCUUUGUCUUCCUCGGUAAGGCUUCUCUUUUUAGGUUUAAGACAUUUUUCAUCAACAGCACGUCUCUUUCUAUCCUCCAGUCUCUUUUCACGGGAAGAAACAUGACAUGGAUGAGUCGAGGAAUUAAAAUAUUUCGGUAAUUCGCCUGGGAUAACUUCUUUUCUUCCGCAAAGCGACUUUUUGAUGGAUGAAGCCUCGAAGUGUGCGCUGCAAAUCCGAGGGUUUUUUUGAUUUUGGAAUUCGGGAUCACUACGUCUACAGAAGUUUUUCCAUAGCCUUCUAAAGUGCCCUUCCGAAGGAAAACAGAAAAAGGAAAGAUCCGGACGAUUCCUUGAACUGUUCAAACAGUUUGCAACCCAACAAAAAUUCACCAUGACUUCUGCAAAACUUGGAGCAUUUCAACUUACAAUGAAGUUGGUGAAUGCAUCUGUAUUUUUUAAUUUUCCCAGCGGUCCUCUAAGCCUCGUUUACAUGCAAGUACCUAGUUCUCAGGAGCGCGUGUCCAAGAAUUUCGAAAGGACCCUAUUGAAACUGUCUUUUGGAGACAUGCAAUCAUACUUUUCACAUGCUGACUGCUGUGAAAGUAAAUUCUCGAAUGCCGUUAGAUCCAUGAUAGGGAGUGGCAGGGCUCCUUGGAAAAUCUUUCUUAUUGUCGUUUAAGGGUUUCCCUCCGAAGGUGUCAACAUCAACACCACAGCUGAAGGAAAACUCCUCGGCUUUGCUGGUCUAGGGACUUAGACCAAACUUAUCAGUGUGCUCUUGUGACAGAUGAGAUACACUGACGAUGCAGCGUUAGCUUCCCACAUUCUGUUAGAGCUUUAGGAACUGUUGGACGGACUCUCUUACGCCAGGAAGUUUAACUUAAGACCUUUGCUUCCAUCUCUAAUGUCAACUAAACUCGUAAAUGUUUUGGAAUCCUGAUUUAUCUGAGCAAAGUAGACAGGAAAAAGGUUAGAAGGGCUCCAACUGCACCGUCUAUGCUGUCUAUCCAGGCACGCUCUGAAGCAGGCAGAAAAUAGCGAGUCAACACAAUUCUGACCAAGGGCUGCCCAUCUUAAGGAGGGUUAACCAGUGGAUUACGAAGAUCCCUCCCAUCAUUAAAGACAACCUGUGGACGUAUACGGAAUAUAUUGAUAAUAAAAUGGCAUUUAAACCCGGGCAAAUAACCAUACAUUUCAGUACCUCAGUUUUAAAAGUGUUUAUAAGUGAAAAUGAAUUUUACCGUGGUGGGCCACUUUGUUCUUGUAAAAUACUAUGUCAUUUCAAUUGACGCUUGUUACUUUUUUCUUUAGUUCCUGGUGGACGAAUGGCGUCAAAGAAUUAGAGUUACCAUCAAACUCCUCAAUUACUGUUUGCCUUACCGAACACUUCACCAGUUUCGCGGUUCUUAUGCAGCACACAAAAGUGGAGGUCUGUAAGAACAAAUCUAAUCAUACAACAUGAAUUCUUUACGCCAACUGUGUGAAAAGGCGCUUUUUUGAGAAUUUAGUCAUUCAGAUGUACUGCUAAUGGAAAACGUAGCCCAAACAUUUGGCAAAUCUUGCUGAAACUCUCGCAGUUCAGUAAUAAUAAUCGAGCCGGAAUGGUUCCUCAUUUAUGCAACAAUGAGCUAAUUACAACAGUUUAGCUUCUUUCUAUAGUCAGAAAGGGUGUUUUUAAUUAACGGACUGUAGACUGAUGUGAGUGACUAAUUCACUACCUCAAUUUCAUCAAAUGUGAUUGGUGCAUUAGCUGCUUAAUUUUUCAUUUAUUAUUCUGUAGAGUUAUGAUCAGACAGUGUAAUUGUACUCAGACAGUUGGCUUUAAUCGGAAAGUUGAUCGUAAACGGACACCUGUAAUAAGACAGUUAAAGCAGCCAAUCAUACUACGUCCACUCGGCUAAAUCCCCUAACCAAAAAAUGGAUUACAAUAACCAUAGCAACAACCACUUACCCUACAAAACUGGGGAAUUCCCAAAAUGGAGGAGUUUUUCUCUUUAGACAGUUUCUCUACCAGAUAUAUUUUCUAAGAAAAAAAUUACUUUUUUUGGAAAUUGUAAUUGUUAUGAUUAAUGGGUAACAGGACUUCGAGUCGUCAAAUUAUGACUGACAAUCCGUGAUUAACAAAUCAGACUCCCGCUUUGCGGUCGUCCUAUCUUGUAAUCAGUCGUAUUAUAACAGAACGAAUCGGACUCCACUCGGUCCUAUUUCCAUCAUUAUUAAAAGUACGAGGUUGAUUGAAAGCAAGCCAAAAACAAAACAAAAGAGUUAUUCGUGGCGAUUCUAUAUUAAGUGAUUUACGAUUAUAUUUCCUCUGGAGUAUUUUUUUAUAAAAAGACUUAAUUAAUGAAAAAUGUGUUCAUAUGCGGAGCCCAUUUUCAAAAGGUGUUCCCGAUUGCAAAUUAUUUUGUUGUAUUCACUGUCCAAGGCAACUCAUUUCGUUGUCCUUUAUGCGACAAUUUUUCUAUAUCCUUAGUCUCUUUUUGUUCCGGCUAAAUGAGGCAACGCUUAAAUAACUGUAUGGUUACAUGUAACACCUGUUUUCGAAAUUAUAGAUGCUAUUUCUGUAUAAGCUGUUUAGUUGAUUUGCUCCAAUUUUCAGCUCUCCGAGGAGGAUCACCUCGCUCUAAGCAUCAUAACCUAUAUAGGCUGUGGAGUCUCAACGGGAGCCUUGAUCAUCACCGUCAUAGUAUUCUUGAGUGUCGAGUGAGUGACGCUUUGUUACGACAAUUUAUUGAUUCAGUGAGGACUUGGUCCAGUGGGGAAUUUUUUAUUUCUAUUACAAAGUUCUCUCCUUUAACAGUUGAUUGUUGAAAAAGGUUUCUUUACAUAUUCACAUACAGAUGCUUUAUUACACAUGCACUAACAUUGUGAUUAGUAAAGUCAGGGAAAUGUUGCUGACACGAACUAGAAACUAAACCCUAGUAAUGAAUGUAUAGAUGAAUCUCCAGCUGAUUAAACUAUUGUCUUAAGAUUAUGGAGAUACACGCGGCUAAAAGCAAUUCAAAUUAUUAAAAGUGAUCUAAGUGUUCACAGGACUGCUGUGCCAUGGCAUCAUGGCCCCCAUUUUAUUGUUUUGGUAUAUCACUGUUUUAGUAUAUCACUUCCUACCGGAAGUCAAAUCGCUUUUUUGUAUACUUCCUCCACACUCUUCCUCUUUUUUUUUUUUUUUUUUUUAAUUUUUUUUUUUAAAGGAGUGAUACAAUUGGUCACCCUACUUUCUUCACAACCGUGGUCAAAUUGUCAGAUUUUUUCUCAAAAUUUGAAAGUCCUCCGAUAGGAUAUCUUUUUAUAAAAGAUAUCUUCGUGGACUCUCACAGUUCUUUCAACUUCAACUUAAAGCUUUAUGUGUUCUCAGCUUAUCAUUCCAAGCAAAGUACCUUUAGAGCAAACGAAAUAUGGAUCAUAUACCUAAGUGUUAACUUGCAUCAGAUUAUAUAUUAUUUUCCUAGGAAAUCUUAUUCUUAGGUUAUCUCGAUCCAUUUUUGCCAGAACUUCACGUUCCCAAUGAUAUCUCUCCCGUAAAUACCUCGAUGAACUCGACUUCCUUUCCAAAUAACUAUUUAUAUUUCCUUGUUUGCUUUGUUUCAGAUCCUUGUCAUCGGAACGACACAAAAUUCAUACCAACCUCGUGGUGUCACUCCUUUUUGCUAACGUACUUUUUUUGGCUGGGAUAAACGAAACGUCCAGUCCGGUAAGACGAUUUUAUUCUUAUUUCAAUAUCUAUUGUACACCAAUUUGUAGUCAGGUCCUGUUAUCUUGGAAAUUGCUCCCUAUAAUUUUUCCAAGAAAAAUCUACGAGAAAUAAAACAUAUAUGUAUGCAAUAAUUUAGAAAAGUAUUUAUUUUUGCACAUCGAGAUGAUAUAACUGUGGUGAAGGGGCCGAAAAUAUUACCCCUUUCCUCGUAUCCGUUUAUCGCUAUACUCAUGUUAUUAAGAUGACAGCAACUGUCUUUUCCCUCUGUUCUACUAAUAAUGCCGUUUACGUUUAUUUAAGUAAUUUCACAUAUAUUAGCGCUACUAUUGGUCCAUCAGUCGUCAGCUUUAGUGAAAACCGAAGAAAGGAAAAGGAAAAUACUCUUCGGCCUAUCCCUGCCACCACACUUAUAUCGUCUUAGAGUGAAAAAACUAGUCUUAAUUUUUGCAUAUGUUUUUAAUCCCACUGGAGUUUUUUUUUUUUUAAAUUCUGAAACAAACAAACUUAACUUUAAAUUACUUUAAAAAAUGUUUUUAAUUUGCUACGCGGUAGUUUAUUAUCGACAGGAGGAAUUAGUUUCAAAUUUAGCACGAUAAAUAGAAACAUGUGGAAAAUUUGUCCAAUUAAAAAAACAAAUAUAGUCUACCCAAUUGAUUAAAACCACAAUGCAUCAUAAUUUUUAAAUGGCUAGAUGUAAUUGAUUGAGACUCCAAAGAAGGAUUCCUGAAGUUGUGAGAAGAUCUAUCGACGAUUUUCUAGCCACCAUAAUUGUGUAAACUAAGUCACAUCUAUCUCCUAUUUUAGGUGCUAUGUAAAGUAGUGGCAGUGUCAAUACAUUACUUCUUCUUGACUGCGUUCACCUGGAUGUUUGUGGAGGGCUUACAUUUGUACCUGAAGGUUGUCCAAGUAUUCAGAACAGAGAAUAUCCAAAUGGUUUAUUACUAUGUGUUUGGAUGGGGUAAGCAGACUUCGUAUAAGGUUCAACUUGCAUCAACAUUUUCACAAUCUGUCCACGAGCGUUGGACAAAGACUCUUCAAACAAAUGUUUUUGGGGACUCAGAAUUUUUUCUUUGUCCCACGCUCGUGACAAGACGAAAAAACAUCUUUCUUAUUUCUAUCAUUGUUAUCAUUAUCAUAAUUAUCAUAACUACACAGACAUUAUUACCCUCUUCUCCUUUUUCUUUUUUGUGACCUAGGUUUUUCUGCGCUUCCAGUUGCCAUCACAUUUGCUAUAAAAUCAAACAGUUAUGGUAACAGUGAAGUGUAAGUAUUCCUUGUGCCCCGUAUUGAAGAAAUGUAAAAUGGUUUCCGUGUUUACGUAGCCUGAUGUAAACACGCGGGAGGUUGGGAGCACACGAGAUAAGCGUAGUUUACAUACGCUCAUGUAAAAUGGUUUCAUGGCCAAUCAGAGCGCGCGUACUAUUUGAAUUAUUUUAUAAAACGAAAUGAGGAAUUGAUUGCACAAACGAUUUUUCAUUUUUUUCCAUCCCUACAGCUGUUGGCUCUCUACUAAGGAUGGCACCAUCUGGGCCUUUAUUGGACCUGUUGUUGCCAUAAUUGCGGUAUGUUUGAUAUUAUCAUGGAUAUUUGUAUUUAAUUCAUUUUGACUUCAACGUAGUCCUAGUAACAUAAAUAUGUGACAUGAUUUACUUGCAUAGAUGUUGACUGUACAUAACACUGUAGUCCACGUUACCAGUCCGUCCUCUCUGCUUCUUUUCCUGCUUCUUACCUAUUUUUUUAUAGUAAGGGAAACUAGCAUGGAACUGAAUAGUGUCUUGCUCGUUCCCGUACUUUUAGUGAAGGGAGAGGUUGCAAAAAAUUUGGCUUGCAUCCUAUCAAUUUUGGUAUUAUAAGGUCAAAAUUCUACUUAAGAUUGUAAAGACGAGGUUAGAGUGAAUAAGCCGGGAAUGAAAAUCUAACUUUAUAUCGUGAGUUAUAUUGUAAGCCUACAAGAAGUUUAUCACAUAAAUUUAUUUCCAAAAAAUUGUUAGCAAUUCAUCCAGAUUGCAAGGGCUCGCUUACAGGCUUCUCUAGGCUAUAAUUUGUCUACUAUGAUUCCCACCUUAUUUUCAGACUUUGUUGAUCUGCAUUUUGAAAACAGAUUCUAAGCAUUGCUCAGCUAGGAGGCUAGGAAAACGUGAAUAUUGAUGAAACUAAGAAAAUUUUUGUCUUUUUCUUUUUUCUAGGUAAACACAUUUGUCUUGAUAAUGGUUAUUAAAACUGUUGUCUCUUCUGCGUCCGCUGUAAAAAGCUCCGACCACGCCCAUUUAAAGUGAGUUUUCAUAAACACAGCCAAAAAUAAGUAAUCAGCUUUAUUAUUCGGUGCAUCUAUCGUAUUAAGGCCGAUUGUUUUUCUUUCAUGGAUUCAUGUUGCUUUCUCAGGGCUGGAAUCAAGGGACUGUUUGUGCUAAUGCCCCUUCUUGGUGUAGGCUGGAUUCUUGGACUAUUUGCUUUGAACGAUGGCACAAAGGUUUUCAUUUAUGCAUUUUCUAUUGUCAAUGGAUUUCAGGUGAGUGUGUUAAACAUGUCGAGUUGUGAAGGAGUCUUGUUACAUUUGAAUCUAAAACAUAUGGAAAAAAACACAUGAUUCACAGAGAUGAUUAACAUCUUAUUUCUCCUCAUAUUAUUAUAUUAUCCGUGUGAUCAGAAAAGACAAACUUUUAAAGGGUGUCAUCUUAAUGUAACGUAAAAAUCUCACCAAUAAUAACUGUGGACAUAAAGCAAUAAAAAAGGAAGAUUUUGAUUCAAAUCUUGAGGGUUGAGCUUGGUGAAGCUGCUGAUAAAUAAUUGGCUGAAGUAAUCCUAAAACUCCAGUGUCUUAGUUAAACUUUCCUGGUGCGAAUGAGGAAUUUACUCGGUUGAAACAUUUUAAACCGGUGCUUUAACAGGCUUCUGGUGUCAACACGCUUUGAACAUCGGGAGAGAAAUAAGAUCAAAGAAAAGUGUGCAGGAAGCAUUGACUUCAGGCUCAUUCAACUUUCCCCUUUCUAUGAUAUUCAUAAAACAUCCUGCGUGCUCAGGUUAAUUCUUAAAUAUUUCACCGUUAAACAACGUCGUCUAACUUUUUUUCUUAGGGCUUACUGAUUUUCUUGCUGCACUGUGUUUUUAACGAUGAGGUAGGUGAGGUAUGUCAAUAAUAAUAAAGAAUUGGUCCAUGCUUAGCGUAUCUAUAUCGAGUUAUGGAUGCACGCGGGAAGUUUGGAGAGCACGAGAGAAGCGUGAGAGUUGCUUGAGGUAUAAACCGAGAGCAACUGUAGCUUUUUAAGUGUUCUCCAAACUUCCCAAGUGCAUCAAGCACAGCUAAAGCAUGAACCAAUUCUUUUAUAACAUAGCAUGCAGAUACAAGUUUUGCUCGAAGGAAAGAGUUUAUUACAACUGUGUCGGGUCAACCAGGUAAUCGUGUUCCACCCGAAAACUAUGAAUAAACGACAAGGCAAAAACGACUUAGAAAUAUUUCAUGACCAAAUCUUUUUUAAAAGAAUUGAAAAUGUUCUGCUCAGAAACGGAAAAACGAACAAUUUCUUGCAUGUACGAGAGCAUGUUGUAGAAUCAGCAUGCUUGAAUCGUUGUUUGCUAGAAUUAAUGGCCAGAAAAUUGCGUAGGUUUGUGUCGAAAAUUUUUAAGAUUCUGAAAUUGUACGGUUUUAAAAUUAAAAUAUUUUAUUGAACGAAACACUUUAAGAAAAUAUCAACACUUUAAAAUAAUAUCAACCGUUCUAAAGACGAACCUAAAAACUUACAAAUUUCUUUCAUGCACGAGACCUACGUGGUAGAUUUACCCUGCUUGAAUUGGUGUUUACUAGAAUUUACAACCAGAAAAUUGCGUAGCUUUUUGCUGAAAGUUCUGAAAAUUGUACGAUUUCAAAACAUUUAAUAAAACUUUUUGAUAUGGCGUAUCAACACUUCAAAAUAAUAUUUACCGUAUGAUGAAGAUUACCCAAAGUCGCAAAGCCUCAUGCAGUUGAAGUCAGAAGCCGUGCAUGAUUUGGGAAUGAAGUAUCAUCAACUCCAAAACUAAUUUCGUCGCUUGAAAGAGCUACAUACUCAUUGUUUUUCGGAACGAACAUCAAACGAGCAUGUUUCGUUUUCAUUUUGAGCUCUAAAAGGUCUAUCUCAAUCGAGAUAGAGCGGGGAAAAAAUCUUGAAAGUUUUGGAACCUCACGGCUAAACUCAACGGGAACUUUCAGCCGAAGUUAAAUUGCACACAUCGUGUGAUGAAUGCACGGCCGUGCAGUACAUAAGGACAUUUACCAUGGUAGCUCCUUAGGAAAUAGGUAGGCCUUAGGCGCGCUCUAUGUUAUAACAAGGAAUAUCUCACAUAACCAGAAUUACAUGGCACUUUCUAGGUAACACGUGACGCAGACACAAUCGUUAGUCAAAGAAAUCGUCAUUCAAUUUUUAGUGGUUUCUAUUUCUUGAAAGCUCCAUAAAUCAAUGACACGUAGUGAAAAAAAAAUAUUACUUUACACUAAAUAUAUUCUUUUCAGGUCCGCCAAGUUUUUCGCCGGCAGAAAGAGAAACAUUCUCUCACAAAGGAAAAUAUAUCUCAAUAUAAUGCAUCCUUCUCACUCUCGGUAAGAACUUACAAUGAACUUACAAUGCAAUCACUCUGAACAGAAUUGUGAAAAAGGAAAAGAGUUCACAAGAAUGACGCCAGGGAACAACGUUAUUUUUAAUUUCAUGGAGCUAAAUCUAAACUCAAUUUUGACAAAAUUUCGGGUUUUCAGUGACGAAGUUAGGAGAGAUCAUAUUUGCGUUUUGGGCGGAGUCAUGUGGAAGCACAACCAACUACAUUGCAGAUUUCUAGGUCUUCAAUUAAGUGAUGGUUGGUAGCAAAUGUUCCCACUAUGUUAUUUCUUUUUCGGCAGUCGGAAUCUGGAAGCAAGAAAACGUCGAACUCCAACAGUUUUAGCAAGCUCAAAGGUAAGAUGCCCUCUUGA